AUGACGGUGCCAGAAAAAGCUGUUAUCAAAUAUGAUGAAUUUCACGAGGCUGUCCAAAAUCUCAUUGGGCAAGAUGUCAAGCGCAAAGACAGCGCAGCUUUGUUUGAGAAAAUUACCAAAUACCCCGAUGCUCCAGUCAAUUGGAAUGAAGGAACUGCUUGGUUUCAAAGUUGUGAUAUCGUUAUUCACAUGAAAAAAGUUGUUGCUGUGUCAGAAGAAAGCCUUGUUUUUUGGGAUUAUAAAUGGCUUGGAAAACCAGAGGGUAGCUAUACCUUCCUCCAACCAAUGAAACAUCGCCCAAAGUGUGUCUGUGCUGUGAAUUCGCAAGAAGAUUCUGAAAAGAAUGGAAUUUUGGUCGGAGAUGAUGCUGGAUUUAUUACCUUGUUUUCAAUUGGAAAAUAUGAACUUAACAAAUGCCGCACAAAUCUUCAUCUAUUGUCUCAGCCGGGUCUCCUGCAUUCUGGAAACUUCGAGCAGGUCAGGAGAAAGCUGCACAGUGAUUGGGUUAUUAAAUUAAAGUACAUCCAAGAACUAAAAUUCUUUGCAUCGUGUUCUGAAGACAGCGAACAUUCUUUAGUAUUGGAUGAAGUAGAAAGGAUAACAGAUAAGAGGCCAGUCAGAUGUUUUUCUGUUAAAAAAGGGAUCACGGCAUUUGCAUUCUCUGUGACCGCCAAACGGAUUGUAACUGGAGGACCUGACAAGCUAAUACGCUUAUGGAACCCUCUGAUAACCACAAAACCCAUGGAAGAAUUGCGCGGUCACCGAUUUACAAUUGCAGACAUUGCGGUCAAUGACCAAGAUCAACAGGUCAUCAGUGUUUGCACACAUAGGGAAUAUAGAGUAUGGGAUAUACAAACCCAAGCAUUGCUCGAAAUUUUUUGUGAUACACAGCAGGGACCUGGAGAUCUCAGAAUAAAUUCAAUGGUAUUUGACGAUGGAAACAGUAGACUACUCGCUGGUUCAAGUGUGUUGGAUAUUUGGCCUUUGACUUGGAACAAAAAAAAGAAUCCUCAUUCCCACGAUUGCCCAAUCAACGCUCUUGUUUAUAAUCCAAUUGUUCACAAGGUUCUUAGCAUCUGUUCUGGGUCUAUUGUAAAGGUGUGGGAAAUGGAGACAGGCGCUCAAGUUUAUAAAAUAAAAAAUGCUCAUGGGCCAACUAUUGAAGUGACCACUGCCGCUCUUGAUAUCAGCGGAUUUCAUUUUGCUACAGGAGCUAUUGAUGGUUCAGUUAAAAUUUGGAAGUUUGAAAAUGGCAGUCAAGUUAAAGUCCUGAAGCCAAACAAAGAAGGAAAUAAGGAUGAAGAGCGAGGCAUCUGUCAGCUAAGCUACAAAAUAAGUCAUGACAACCAACAUAUUAUUAUUGCCUUGGACAAAAGUGGGAAUAUAAAAAUAAUUCAGGGUAAAGAAGAUGAUCCUGAGUUGUUUGUAGCUACUGAAUUUGGCCAGGACACGGAUGUAUGGCAUACAACAUUACAAUCGAUGCUGGACAUGCGAUUGGACGAGAAUGUAAUGCCACCUGAUGGACCUGAAGAGCAGAUUGUGUCACUGAGAAGAACAAGCCGUUGUUUUGAUGCUGUAAAGCUGGAAAGGUGUUUUCUCAUGGCCACUGGAAGCACACAUGGAGAGAUCAGCCUGUACAAGGAGAUGCUAGCCGUCUCCCUAGGAGGGCUAGAGGAAAGAUUGGCAGCUAUGAUCACCAGAUCUAUGCCAGGCAAGAAGCGGACUAGAUCCCCUUCGCCUAAGGGUGUAUCCUCGGAUAAUGAGGUUCUUUCCCCGGAGGAGUUAGAAGAUCAGGAGGAUCAAUUGGACCAGAACCUAGAGGGUUCAGACAUUGAGGAAUCUACUGUAGAGGAACCAUUUUCAGCCUCCCAAGCGGAGAGUUUAUGGAUACAGUAUUUGACAGACAUGGUCCGCUCGGCCUUUAAGAUGCCCUUACCAGAGCCUCAGCUUCCGGAGGUUUCCUCUUUGGGAUCCUUAAAAGCGCCCUUGAGCAACGCAGUUUUUCCGGUCCAUCCUCUGUUAGAGGAGUUAAUCUUCCAGGAUUGGGGUGAUUUGAUUAGCGAGGAGUUACUAUUUACAAAGCACCCUCCCCGACCAAUCACAGCUCUGUGUUCAGAUAAAUGUGGCAAUCUCAUCAUAACCGGCAAUGCAGAGGGAUACAUCAGAUUGUGGAAGCUUUAUAAAAUUCAAGAAGCUGAUAAAGAAAUAAUUAUGAUGUUAAACGAAGAGCUUUGCUGGCGGGCACAUCCUAUGAAAAUCACCGGCCUCUUUUAUGAGGACAAUAACAACAUUGUAGUAUCUGCUUCAGAGGAUGACUCCAUUAGAAUAUGGCACGCUACAAGAGGAGCCUACAUCGGCCAUUUUGGACAGGAAGGGGCAUACAAGCUGAUUGAUCCACCGGCAAUGACUCUCCCCCGAGAUAUAAAAGAGCUGCCUGUGAAGGCCACAUCAACCAUCUAUGAUGAAUUGGAACCUUCACUAAUCUAUGACAGGGAUAGAGAUGGAUCACAUCGGGGCCCUGCUGAAAAAUAUAUGGGUAUAAAGUAUUACAAAUACCUGACACGUUCUAGCAGCGCCUGUUCAAUGCAGCCAGAGAACCUGGAGGAUUCAUCUAAGUGGUUGGGAAAACCUCUCUUUCCUUCCUAUUACCGGAGACAGAGCAACCAGUUUUCAAUGUUUGCUGAUAAUAUGCCAUGUCUUGUCUCCUCCUCCUCUCCUGCUAAUCCUGACAUUGCCCUAAAAACUGUCAAUGAGAAGCCAGAGUAA